AUGGCUCCCAUUUUUGAUGCAAUUCGUUCCCUUAAUCCUAGCAGGCAGAAUUGGCGGAUUAGAGUUCGUGUAGUUCGUCUGUGGACCAUGCCUGGCCGCUAUUCCCAUGAAGAACUCUCCUCUAUUGAGAUGCUCCUUCGAGAUGAGGAUGGUGAUAACAUACAUGCUCAGGUUAAGAGUCCCUUCAUUACUCGUCAUCUGAAUAACUUCACAGAAGGGAAGCUUUGUGUUAUUUCCUACUUCAUGGUUACACCGAAUUAUGGGUCGUAUAGGACAACUGAUCACCCAUAUCGAAUGAGCUUUAUGUAUUCCACGGCAGUCCGUCCCCUUCCGGAAGAUGACCGUAUUCAUCAGUUUGGAUUUACCUUCCGUUCGUUUGCACAUAUCUUGUCAAAUCAGUUUGAUGAUCGCUACUUGACUGAUGUCAUCGGGAUGUUGUCUGCUAUUGGAGAGAAGGAGGAGUGCAAUAUCAAUGGCCAGACACAGCGCAGAGUUAAUGUGGAAUUGAUGGACGAUGGAAUGGAGAAGCUUGAGUGCACACUCUGGGGGGAUUUUGCAGAUGAGAUUCUCCAAUUCAUGGCAGGGGAUAUAUCCAGUCCUGUUGUUGUCAUUAUCCAACUAUGUAAAGAUGGUGUGUGUGUUGUUCUAGCGGAUAUAGUAGACUUUCGUACUGAGAAGGGUUGGAUGUAUGUCUCUUGUAAGCAUUGUGGAAAAAAAGUGGUGCCUGAUGGGGAGGGGUUUUUUUGUGAGAAGUGUGCUUCCAUUAUUAAGGUGGUCGUACCAAGGUAUAUGGUUACUUGUGAGGUUAUGGAUGAGAGUGGAUCCUGCAGCGUUGUCAUAUUUGACAGAGAGUUUUCUAGGAUGGUUGGUUGUUCUGCAGCAGAGAUGAGGGACCGCAUUCUCAAACAGUUUGGUGAUGAAGGGGUUGGUGAUGGAGAUGGAAUCCCAGCAAGCAUCUUAGAGCCCCUCACUUGGAAGAGAUACUUAUUUAAACUGCGUGUUCCUGAGGAUUAUGUAAAGACAUAUUCAAACACAUGUAUCGCUGUGCGCUUGACCAGUGAUAAGGAUAUAAUUCAUUCCUAUCAAAAUUUAAUAGCAGAGAAGAUGUCAUCUCAGAAUCUUGCUAUGGAAGCUGACGUUCAGCAUAAGGCUGUUGUUGGGCUCCCAUCCAAGGGUGCUAUUGGAGAAAAUGCUGAUGUAUCUUCAAAGAUCGAGGUGAAUGAGCAAGGUCCUGAUGUGGAAGCUGAUGGUGAAGGAAACAAUAAAGAUGAUAGCUUGGCGGUUUUACGUCGUCGUGGGAAGGCAAAACGGAAGUUGACCAUUGAAGAUUAA